GACUCUCGGGGUGCAGGGCGCCCUUUCUGGGCUCUAGAAAACACCCUCUCUGGAAAGUGGGGCGGGAUUUACCCAUACGGCGGGGAGCCAAGAGUGGACAGGGAGGAGGGGAGAUCCCCGUUCCAAGAUGGCGGCCGCUAGUGACGUUUUAAGAGAACGCCGGGUGGCCCAGCCGGAUCUCUCUCCGCUCAGGCAGUGAGACAGCCACCCACUCACAUGCCCCCACCCCAUAGCACGACACCCCCUGCACCUGGUGGCACGGCCGCUGCACGACCCGGACCUGGCAUUGGGGGAAGGAGUUCACUUGAGGGAUGCCCAAGAAGUUCCAGGGGGAGAACACCAAGUCGGCCGCUGCUCGUGUGAGGAAGGCCGAGGCCAAAGCGGCAGCUGAUGCCAAGCGACAGAAGGAGCUGGAGGAUGCCUACUGGAAGGACGAGGACAAACACGUCAUGAGGAAGGAACAGCGAAAGUGCUUUUGCAGCAGCAGUCAUCCAUCUCGCUUGCCCUUGCAACAGCCCUGGGAGCCAGGGAGCAGUGGGGAUUGCGUCAAGGAGGAGAAGGAGAAGCGCCGCAUGGAACAGCUGGAACGCAAGAAGGAGAUUCAGCGGCUACUGGAGGAGGAGGACUCCAAGCUGAAAGGGAAGUCCCUUAAGCCUCUCCCCUCUGGCAAGAUCACUAGAUCUCAGAUUGAAGACAUGAUCCGAAAAGAUCAGCAGAAGGAAUAUGAGGAUUCAGUGGAGAAACCAAAGAGUCAUCUUGAAGUUCCCCUGGAAGAAAAUAUGAACCGCAGAGUGCUGGAAGGAGAGCUAGAAGCCAGAACUAUCGAAGAUGCUCUGGCGCUUCUCAGUGUUUCCGACGACUCGGACAGACACCCCGAGCGGCGGAUGAAAGCCGCCUUUGCUGCCUUCGAAGAACAGCACCUGCCGCGCCUCAAGAAGGAAAAUCCCAAUAUGCGGCUGUCCCAGCUGAAGCAGCUGCUGAAGAAGGAAUGGAUGAAGUCCCCCGAGAACCCCAUGAACCAACAGUACGUGGCCUACAAUGCCCAGAAAUGAGCCCAGGAUCCACCUGGCCGCCCGCCCACAGUCCUCUGAGGGUGAGGGGGUUGAUUCCAUCAACAGCACAAACCUUUCUAUAGUAUAAAAGCAGAGGCCUUGCAGUAGGCCCCAUGCUGUUCAGCCUCAAGUUAAGCCUCUUUUCUUCGCCUGAAGUAGGGGGUUGGGGAGGCCCUGGGCCCCAGCUACCACCUGCUGGGCCCAUAGCUCUGGCUUCAUUUUUUGAUGUUUUUUUCUGGUGUCCCCUCUUCUUCCCCUUACCUCCUCCUCCUUCCUGCCCCACCUUGGCUCCAUCAUCCAGUCCCGACCCCUCACACCCACAGAGUUGAUUUUAAAAUGGAAAGUCCAAGGUCUGGGUAAUAAUCGAUCAUGGAAUGAGAACAUUUAAGCAAAUCACAUGUGCGUGCACGCCCGCCCCCCCCUCCCAGAAUAGCUGAAAGUCGUGAGAGCCCAGAACCUUGCCACAAUCAGUGUGAAUCCCCCACCCCCCCAAUAAAGCGACAGUUCCCUAAACCACCCUGACCCCUAUGGCAUACUGCCAGCCUGUGACCGUGUGUGUUGGUGUGUGUGUGAGAUAUGGAGUCCGCACUAGGACCUGUCCUUGGGCAGAACCCUCAGCCCCCUCUUUAGAGGGAAUAACUGAGGCAUCUUAGCCAGGACAGAGGUGCGUUAGCAAAGUCUAGUCCUUCUGUCUUUCCUGCUCUUGCUCCCAGUCCCAGCGUUCAUGCCUUCUCCCAGGAACUGAACCCCGCCAAAGCUGGUCCCUGGCUGGUUCCAAGACAACUGGGGAGGGAGCCUGUGGCCGGAGUGAAGAGAGAGUCUCUGCUAGAGGAGAAUAGCAACAUCCCCAUCCCCCGGGAAGAACCUUUACGCUCUCCCUGGGGCCCUGGAGUAUCCCCUGGGCCUGGCGGAGGUGUGAUAAGACCUGCCUCCCCCACUGCCAGAUGCCAACACCUCUGCCCUGUGCCCUUCAAAGCUCAUUCUCUGCUGGACCAAUUAACGAGAUCCCAGACUUGGUUUUUCACAUGGGGCCUGACCUCCCCCUGGGCAGAUUGGCCAAGUGUCGGACACGGUUAACUCAGCCCGGCCGGCCCACGGCGGGCAAGAGGAGAGAAGAAUCCGGGAGCUCCGUUUGAGACAGAGCAGCACGACCCCAGAUGGGAUUGGAGAUCCGAUGCUACUCCGGCAAUAAAUAACUUAUCUCUCCGUAAUCCACGGAUUCCUCUUUUUUCCUCUUCCCUGGCCUCCCUCUUCUGCGGCUGUCACAGGCUCUUUGAUCUCCUCUGUUGGGAGGUAAAGGAAGCUGGCUACCUAGGCGGCUCCAGCCUACCCCCCACCUCUGCUCUGCCGUGUUCCCCACCCCCCACAGGGUAGAGGGAAGGGCCACUCUCUGUGGCACGGGCUUCCCGCUCCCACAAGAUGUCGGAGGGGGAGGUGGCUGAAAGCUCUACCGGGCCUGCGGCUUUUGGAAAGCCAGCCCAGAUGGACGGCCGAUUCGGCUCACGGUGCGUGAAAGUGCAGAGCUGACUCACGGGCCGCCUCCAGGCUGUCGCCGAGCCCAUCUAACCUCAAGGGGGAGAGGUUGGUGGGGCUGGGGGAGGUGAGCAUACGAGGCCCGACUUCCCCGUGCCCACCCCCUGCCCCGACCCCCUGAUCCCUGAUCUUCCUGUGGUUUGGGGAUGUUUUGAAACCCGAUCUCUCGCUCUGGUCCGUGGCCCGGGGCGGGUGGGUAGUGAAGCUUCCCUACAGCUGUGCUGAUCUGGCCCUUUGCAUCGAGUACCUCCAGGACAAGCAGCCAGCUUUCCUGCCUCUGGGUGAGGUGCAAGGCCAGUGCUUUGCGGCUAGCUGAAUUUCCAGGACUUGGGGAGGGGUGUUGGGGAAAGGCCCAGGAAUUCUCUCCCUCUCUCUCUUCCCCACUCCUACAUCCUCUCCGGCGGGGGCACCAGAAAUGCCAGCCUUGUGCUCUGUGCCAUGGAAGGCAGCCCAACUGGGAGAAGACUAGAAAGCUGCGUGUGCAUGAUGGCAUGUCUCCGGGCCCUGUCCCCCAUCCUCCCUCCCUCUUGUGUUGGCGUGAAAGUUUGUGUUUUAUGUUUAAACAAAUAUGCAACCUGCAACCAAUUAAAGACAAAGCUGAUGCA